CGUCAACGUCGAAAUGGCAGCCUCGUGUUGAGGGUCCGAACUGUUAACGUGAAGCGCUUCGUUUCCUCACCAAGAGUCACAUUUUACGAGGCGAAACGACCCGACAAAGUCAUGUCUCCAAAGAUCACAGGAGAGCUGCUCAGGCAGCUUCGCCAGGUUAUGAAGAAUAGCAAAUACUUCGCUGAGCCUAUACAGGCUUACAUAAUCCCAUCUGGAGAUGCACACCAGAGUGAAUACAUCGCACCCUGUGACUGCAGGCGUGAAUUUAUCUGUGGAUUCAAUGGCUCUGCAGGUACAGCCAUUGUCACAGAGCAGUAUGCUGCAAUGUGGACAGAUGGGCGUUAUUUCCUCCAGGCCAGCCAGCAGAUGGACAACAACUGGACCCUGAUGAAGAUGGGAUUGAAGGAGACACCCUCUCAGGAGGAUUGGCUGAUCAGCAUCCUGCCAGAAAACUCCAAAGUGGGAGUUGAUCCUUGGAUUAUCGCUGCUGACCAGUGGAAGAACAUGUCCAAGGCGCUGAAUGGUGCAGGCCACUCUCUGGUGGCGGUGCAGCAAAACAUGAUUGAUGCAGUGUGGCCCGACCGCCCAGAAAGACCCAGCACACAGCUCCGUACUUUGGGAUUGGAAUACACUGGUAUUUCCUGGCAAGACAAGAUUAAAGCGCUGAGAGGCAAGAUGACGGAGAGGAAAAUCACCUGGUUUGUUGCCACAGCGUUGGAUGAGAUUGCAUGGCUUUUCAACCUCCGUGGUGCAGACAUUGAGUACAACCCAGUUUUCUUCACAUAUACCAUUGUGGGCUUGAACACCAUAAGGCUUUUUGUAGACCUGAAGCGUCUUUCUGAACCUGCAUUGAGAGAGCACCUGCAGCUGGACUCUCCCAGCCUGCCUGAUCUGACGGUCCAGACAUUCCCAUACGAGUCUGUCUUCACUGAGCUGCAGGCCAUCUGCGCGGCACUCGGCCCCAAGGACAAAGUGUGGAUCUGUGACAAGGCCGGUUGUGCUCUCACACAGGUCAUCCCAAAGGACCACAGGACUCCAAUUCCCUACACUCCACUCUGCCUCGCCAAGGCUGUUAAGAACCCUUCAGAGAUUCAAGGCAUGAAAAUGGCCCAUAUCAAGGAUGCAGUUGCCCUUUGUGAACUCUUUGCUUGGUUGGAAAAGGAGAUUCCAAAAGGCACCGUGACUGAGAUCUCUGCUGCUGAUAAGGCUGAGGAAUUCCGCAGUCAACAGAAACAUUUCGUCGGCCUCAGUUUCCCCACAAUUUCCAGCGUUGGUCCAAAUGGAGCAAUCAUACACUACAGACCGCUGCCUGAAACCAACAGAACUCUCUCCAUGAAUGAAGUUUACCUGAUAGACUCUGGAGCUCAGUACAUAGAUGGGACCACAGACGUCACACGCACCAUGCACUUUGGGACACCAUCGGCUUUUGAGAAGGAAUGCUUUACCUAUGUACUGAAAGGUCACAUAGCUGUCAGUGCUGCUGUUUUCCCCAACGGAACCAAAGGCCACCUGUUGGAUUCAUUUGCCCGGGCCGCCCUGUGGGAGUCGGGGCUGGACUACCUCCACGGUACGGGUCAUGGUGUGGGCUGCUUCCUCAAUGUCCACGAAGGGCCCUGCGGCAUUAGCUACAAGACAUUUGCUGAUGAACCUCUGGAGGCCGGCAUGAUCGUCAGUGAUGAGCCUGGGUACUAUGAAGAUGGAGCUUUCGGCAUUCGUAUUGAAAACGUGGUCCUUGUUGUACCAGCUAAGACCAAAUACAACUACAGAAACAGAGGCAGCCUGACGUUUGAGCCCCUCACUCUGGUCCCUAUCCAAGUCAAGAUGAUGAACACAGAGCUGCUGUCUCAGAAGGACCGAGACUGGGUGAACGAGUACCACAGGAAGUGUCGGGAGGUGGUUGGAGCCGAGCUGGAGAGGCAGGGCAGGAAGGAAGCUCUGGAGUGGCUGAUCAGAGAGACCCAGCCAAUCGUCUGAGGACUGACCCUAGUGCAAUCCAAUUGUUUUGCCUUGGAGUACUGUAUGAUCAAUUGCUCUGCCGUGAGAAUCGUUUGUAUUUUUCUCAUCUUUCUGUGUGUCUCACACUCGGCUUCUUUUGUACAGCACAUUGUAUCAGCUGUUUUAUUAAAGACCAUUCAAAAUCAAAAGAAAACUUUCCUGUUGUGUACGAUUUUCUGUCUUAAAAAAUGAUCAGCUGACAGUCUCAAAUUCAGCCAAUCAGAAAAUCUGUUUUAGGUUAUCCACUGGGAUUUUGUAACUGCUUUGUAACACAAAUACUGUGGAAUUUUCUUAAGUUGUAUAAAGUCUUGUAUGUGAGGUGAAAAAUAAUGAGGAUUGUGUAUGACAACAUCACUAUGUAGUAAUUCAGCACUAUCCAAAUAAAAAUCUAAAGAGUA